AUGAUACGCUCAUACUACUUUCAACAGCAGCUGGCAGAUGUCAUCAAGGAGGAACUCAAGCACAACUUCUGCUGGGUCAGUGUGGAGCACGAGCCUCGAUAUGCAUACAUGAUGGGCAAAGGCAAAGGGUGGGGCAAGGAUGGCAGCGAUGGCGAGGACAAAGAUUCCCCAGCUAUAAUUGAGAAGGUGGUGAGCAUCAUCACUGUUCGAAAUUCUCGGGACGCCUUGGGCGAGAAAGGUGCUCGGAUCAGACUCCUGCAACACAAGGUGAACAGCUAUUUUGGCUUCAGCGACAGCUUCCUGGAGCUGUUUAUAGAACGCAAAGAGAGAGAGUAUGACUCAGAUGAUUCUGAUGGCCAGCUGUUCAGAAAAGGCAAAGGCAGAGGAAAGGGAAAAAGAAAAGGAAAGGGAUACAACGAAGAGGAGGUGGAAGAGGAGGCUGAGGAACCCAGCAUACCCAAGAAGGCCAAACCUCCAAAGCCGAAGAUGCCAAUUCGGCGCUACGAAGUACCCCAGGACUUUGGCCCGGAGCAAUGGAUGGAGUGUGCCAAGAGAUGUGCUCAGCUUAGCAACCUCCUGAAGGAGAAAAAAACAUUUGGGCCAGUUCAGAUGCUCCUGGGAGACCCGCUGCGCUACGGUCUACGUCUCUGGCGUGAAUACAAUUUGAGGGCUGCUCCACGUCGAGACCCAGUCGUGCCAGAUCCAAAACCAUGGGCUCCAGUGGAUACAUCGGAAUUCGCCGACUGGGGUGUCCCUGUCCCUGAUGAUUGGGGGGCUCCAUUUGCUGCGGAUUGGGGGGAUCUUCCUACAGACCCUCCUGCAGCAUCGAUCUCCCUGACUGAAGAGGAAAAGUUGGCCGCACGAGCAAAACGCUUUGGAGCAUCUACUGCUGAGAAGGUCACCAGCUCUCUUCUGCUGAAAGACUUCGGAAGUGAUGAAGAUGUCCACCUGAACAACCUGGAUUUGAGUAGCGCUUCCUGCGCCGAUGUCAUUGAAAAACUGAAGGAAGUCCGUUGCUUUCCUUCCAACGUCGAGCCUGUCUUAGUGCUGCUGCCCAGUGGAAAGGAAUUAGAGCCUGAUUUUCAGAUGUCGAAGAUCCCAGCCGGUGAAUCGUUGAAGUUCAUGGCACUCACACGAAAGAACUGGUGA